AUGGUGAUACAUUUGGGUGCUGAUUGUGCACGUGAAACAUUGGUUUUAGACCCUCCAUCUGUGAGAGAAAAAGGAGUAACAAUGCUCGCAAGAAAAGCUAUUUGGAGAAGAAGAAGCCAAGGAAGAAUGGAGGUUACACAUGUUCUCAAUCCGGUUUUGAACCAGGAAAAAGUAGACCACCUUAUAAUGACGGGACCAGCUUUUCACCCACCAGUCCAAUCACCUGGCAUGCCCCUACAUGUUAACUUUCAUAUUCAGGACUCUUCGAACAAAAUUGCUGAAAAUGAUAUGAGCAUGAAGCUACCAGACUUGAGUCAUGGUGGCCAAGAUAUUUAA